UGAAAUGACGCAGCGAGGAGCCCAGAUAAACCAGGACAAACUCUGCUGUUCGAUCUGUUUGGAUCUCCUGAAGGAUCCGGUAACUAUUCCCUGUGGACACAACUACUGUAUGAACUGUAUUCAAAUCCACUGGGAUGAAGAGGAUCGGAAGAACAUCCACAGCUGUCCUCAGUGCAGACAGACAUUUGCACCGAGGACUGCUCUGGGGAAAAACACCAUGUUGGCAGAAUUAGUGGAGGACCUGAAGAAGACUGGACAAACUGCUCCUGCUACUCACCGCUAUGCUGGACCUGAAGAUGUGAGCUGUGAUGUCUGCACUGAGAGAAAGCUGAAAGCUGUCAAGUCCUGUCUGCAGUGUCUGGUCUCUUACUGUGAGCAGCACCUCCAGCCUCACUAUGAAUCCCCCGCCUUUAGGAAACACAAGCUGGUGGACCCCUCCCAGAAGCUUCAGGACAAUAUCUGCUCUCAUCACAAUGAAGCUAUGAAGAUUUUCUGCCGCACUGAUCAGCAGUGUAUCUGUUAUCUGUGCUCCAUGGAUGAACAUAGAGGACACGACACAGUUUCAGCUGCAAAAGAAAUGAGUGAGAAGCAGAGAGAGCUCGAGGUGUGUCAGGAGAAAAUCCAGCGGAGAAUUAAGGACCAAGAUAAACACAUGCGGGUUCUUCAGCAGAAAAUGAAGGCCAUAAGUCAAUCUGCAGAUAAAGCUGUAAGGGACAGUGAGAUGAUCUUCACAGAGCUUAUCUGCCUCCUAGAAAAAAUAAGGUCUGAUGUAAAGCAGCAGAUCAGAUCUAAGCAAAAAAAGGAGGUGAGUCGACUUACAGAGAUUCAAGAGAAGUUGAAGCAGGAGACUGUUGAUCUGCAACAGAAGAAAUCUGAGUUGGAACAACUCUGUCACAUGCAGGAUUACAUCACCUUUCUACAAAAGUAUCCCUCACAGCCAAGCUUGACUUUCAGUGAGAAGCCACCCAGCAUCAGUAUUCACCCUCUGUGUAACUUUGAUGAUGUGACAGCUUCUCUGUCAAAAAUCAGGGAAAAGAUGCAGGACAUACUCAAAGGACAAUGGACCAAGCUAUCAGCAACAGUGAGUGAGUGUGAUCAGUCACAAAGAGAACACACAACUAGAGAGGAAUUCUUAAAAUAUUCACAACAUAUCACACUGGUUCCAAACACAGAAAGCAAGAUUUUAAUAUCUGCUAGCAAGAAAAAAGCAAGUACUACACAAACACAAAAUGUUUGUAUGAAAGUGGUCAUGUUAGCACAAUUAGGCUCUCCAGAAAGAAGAAAAAUGUCUCAUUUUUGUGUCCUAAGUAAAGAGAGUUUGACUGGCCGGUGUUACUGGGAGGUGACGUGGUCUGGGACUGUUGCAGUAGCAGUCACAAACACAAACAGACUACCAGUUUAUGGAUUUGGGAAUGAUAACACAUCUUGGGCGCUAUAUAGUAUAGGAGAUAAAUUUGAAUUUAGACAUGACAACAUCAGGACUCACAUCUCCACAUGUCAGUCCUCCACUAUUGGAGUGUAUCUGGACCACAGUGCAGGUACUCUGUCCUUCUACAGUGUUUCUGACGACAUGACUCUCCUCCACAGAGUGCAGGCAACAUUCACUCAGCCGCUCUAUGCAGGAUUUUUUGUUGGUUAUGGAUUAUCUGUAGUUGAGCUCAAGAAGACAGCAGUCAUUAGAUGAGAUUGUAAAGAUUAGUUUCUUAUUUUGGACUAAUUAAGUUUUUGUUAAACACACUCACUUAUGUCAUCUUGAAGUUUAUAAAUUGGAUGUAAACUGUAAAAUAUGAUAACAUAGAAACGUGAUUUUCUAGUGCUAGCCCCCCUGCUCCACAGCUCUCCGUCUCUAAUUAAAAAUUUUACACUGAUUAAAGUUUACUGUAAGAAAGGGAAAGGGCAUUUGUAUACAUCUUGGUUGGACUCAAUUGAAAUGACACUUCUAAUCACUUUUAUAUAUGCAUUUCCUUUAUUUAAGUUCCAAAUAUGAUGGUGCCCUAAAAUGAAAGAGGUCUGAAAAUUUCUGGUCAAACUGAAAUGUAAACACAGGAAUAACAAACUCCCUAAAUAUGUGAAUUUCAUCCAUCAGUCCAUUCAGAGCUGCAAGGCUGUCACAGGGCAAGCAGUAGGGUACAUCACCAUCACCAAUCACAUGUAUGACUGAGUUUUCAUUUUAAAUAGCAUUCUAACUAAUUCUAACUAUUGGAAGAAAUAAAGGUCUUUGUCAUAGCCGUCAUGGAAGACACUGUCACCGAUAUCUGCAGUUAUAAGUAGAGAUGGACCGAUCCGAUAUUACGUAU